AUGGGUUACCUGAUUCUGGAUAGCAAAACAUGGGAUUUCCAAAUCCAGAUCAUUCUGAUCCAGAUUAAACUUUUUGAACAACUGACCCCUGGUUCAGAGUUGAACACACUGCGCUCUCAGUGUAUGAGGCUUUAUGGCUAUGACUGGAUCAGCUUACCUCUCGUUUACACACAGGUUGUAACCGUGGCUGUGUACAGUUUCUUUUUGGCUUGUCUGAUUGGUCGGCAGUUCCUCGACCCCGCCCAGGGUUACCCGGGUCACAACCUGGACUUCUACCUGCCCGUCUUCACCUUACUGCAGUUCUUCUUCUAUGUGGGCUGGCUCAAGGUGGCAGAGCAGCUCAUUAAUCCAUUUGGGGAGGAUGACGAUGACUUUGAGACGAACUGGCUGGUGGACCGUAAUUUACAGGUGUCUCUGCUGUCAGUGGAUGAGAUGUAUGAUCUGGUUCCUCUGGUUGAGAGAGAUAAAUACUGGGAUGAAUCUGAACCUCAGCCGCCUUACACAGCUGCCAGCGCCGAACACCACAAACCCUCAUUUAUGGGAUCUGCUUUGGACAUCAGCGUUCCCAAAGAGGAAAUGGAAUUCCAGCACAAUCUGGAGCAGAUUAAAGAACACGAGGAAGCCAAUCAUUCCACUCCAUUUCUAGGCAGCUUGAGUCGCAUUCUGGGCGUCCAGUCGCCCAAUUUCCCCCGCUCUACACCCACAUCCCGAGUCUCCCUCCUGUGGCGACGUCCCCAUGCCCCCUUCUCUCGCUUCCCCCUUUACCUCCAUCCCGAGAGCUCUCCGAUGCCCAGCCACGCCUGGAACGCUGACAUGGAGGAUGCAUUCUCAUCCAUGCCUCUAUACGAAAGACCCGGUUUCUACAGUUGCCCUCAGACGCCCAUCCACUGCAUCCCUCCGUCCAUUCCUCGCCCAAGACCACGAAGAGCGCACGGCGACAGUUCCAGCUCCCUGGCACAUCCGUUGAUGGGCUCGCAAGUCCUGGCUCCGCCUGACAUGCCCGCGCCUCCUUCCUCCGCCCUCCCUUGGGUGGGUGAAGACAGCGAACAUUCGGGUCCCGCUUUCUCCUUUCCAGACCCUGUGCCCGAGCUGUUACCCAAAGUACGGCCGAGUCAAGGGUUGCCGUCGCGCCGCCCCCUGCCUCUGCGACUCUCUUUGGAGACAUCCCCAUCUCUGUCUACACCCGAAAGGGUGUUUUCUUUCACUCCUCCAACUUGGUCGCAAGCUCAAAUCAAUACCGCCAGUUCAGGGAGUGUGAACGCAGCUGCUACUUCAAACAGCAACAACAACCUAUGCAACGGCAUGACAAACAACCCCUGGCCAAUCAGCAGAAGCACCACUGCAAGCACAGCCAAUCCCGUCAGCCCAAGCCCCACAGCGACUCAGCAGACAGCCAAUCAGCACAACUCUGCCAACGACUCUGGCAUCUCAUUGGCUGAGGGGGAUCUGUUGGGUGCUGCGGUGAAAAUGAAGGAACAGCUCUGAGUUGGAUGGAAAAUACCAGCCUAGACCAGCAUGGAUUCUCUUCCAGACUGGUUUAGAGCUGGUCUAAAUGGUUUAGAUAUGUUU